AACAGCCGUGUGAAGAUGGCAUCUUGUGGUGGCACGAGUUUUCAACGGAAGGUGCGGAGCCAGCGGGUGCCUGGGACUCGGCCAUCGCUGCGGAAUGGGCAGCUGCUACUGUCUACUGGGGUACCGUCUCUAGACUAUAUUAUAGGAGGAGGCCUAGCAGUUGGAACUCUUCUUCUUCUUGAGGAAGAUAGCUAUGAGAGUUACUCACGGAUGUUGCUGAAGUAUUUCUUAGCAGAAGGCAUUGUUAGCGGGCAUUCUCUUUUCAUAGCAUCUGCCAAAUAUCAUCCUGAAGAAAUUUUACAGGAGCUUCCUGCACCCUUGCUUGAUGAUGUAAUAGAGACCAAUGAAACUAUCAGAGAGACAGAAGACAAUUCGGAAAAUAGCAAUAGUUCCACCGCUGUAUCCCAGAAUUCCAUGACAAUAGCAUGGCGUUACCAAAACUUACCAAAAGUACAGACAGCCCUGACAUCCUCCUCAAGAUUUGGCCACUAUUAUAAUGUAUCUAAAACAAUGAGUACAGAGCUCCAACAAUCAGUCAAGUUCCAUGGAUUUUUUCUACCUGAUGAAGUUCCAUUGGAUUUAGCAGUGACUGAAUGUAGUAAUAUGAACUUUGGAUAUGUCAAGCUGCUUAGAUCCAUACAAAGAGUCAUCCGUGAGGAAGGAUUUGAUGGAGUCUGUCCCCAGAUUAAACAGAGGAAUAUCCUGCGGAUAGGAAUCCAUUCGCUUGGCUCACUGCUGUGGGGAGAGGACAUUAAUCUUUAUGAAAACCCCAAACAUGCCUGCGGUCUGACCAAAUUUCUGUAUGCACUCCGUGGACUUCUCAGAACAUCUCUGUCUGCCUGCGUUAUUACUGUGCCAGCAUACCUCAUUCAGAACAAAGCAAUUAUGGACCGUGUGGUAAAAUUGUCUGAUACAGUGAUUGGUCUUGAAUCAUUUAAUGUUUCUGAAAGAGAAAGCAAUCCACUCUAUAAGGACUAUCACGGUUUGCUCCAUGUUCGUCAGAUUCCUCGACUUAAUAGUUUAAUCUGUGAAGUGCCUGAUACAAAGGACCUUGCUUUCAAACUGAAACGAAAAUUGUUCACUAUUGAGAGACUACAUUUGCCUCCAGACUUGUCAGACACAGUGAACCGAUCAAGCAAACAGAAUCUGGCAGAAUCAGCCAAACUGCUGAGCACAGGAUGUGGUGGUGCAGCCAGAGGCAAAGAGCACCUGGACUUCUAGUGACUCUUAUUUAACCAUUUCAUUCUGAAUUCUCAUCCUAUUGCAAAGCGUGAUUACAAAUCAUUGGUGUGUAUAUAAAAGCAAUAAAUAUAUUUGUCCACAUACCAAGCAGAAGUGUGAAUCACUCAACAAAAAAUAUUUUUAAAAAGAUGGUUUAUCUUUGGAAUGUACGUUUUCUUACACUAUAAUUUGAUUUUUGCGCUGUGAUAAUAAGUUGACUAAACAGUAAAUUUUGUAUUGUUUAAUUCUAUUGACAUAAUAUUUGCAGGAAAAAAGAAUAAAGUUUCAAGGAAUCUAAUUUGCAUAUUUGGUUUAAUAAUCUUUUACAAGAAUGUACUUUGCUUCUCCCUCCAUUUUGAAAAUAUAGUUGUCACCUUUACCUACAUAGCAAUGUAAUUCAUUCCAC